GCACCGCCUCGCGCCCGGCCCGCGAAACCCAGGGUGGACAGGCGGGUGUUGUCUAGGUUCUUGGGGUGAUGCCCCUGGAGGCGGGCGGCCGGGAAGAGGCCGAGGCGGGCAUCGAAGAGUACGGCCCUGAAGAGUACGGUCGGGAGGAGUCGGACACCGAGGAGUCCGGCCCUGAAGAGCCCGACCCGGAGGAGUUGGACGCCGAGCCGGAGAUGGAGGCCGGGCGGCCGCGGCCGGUGCUGCGCUCGGUGAACUCGCGCGAGCCGUCCCAGGUCAUUUUCUGCAACCGCAGCCCGCGCGUCGUGCUGCCCGUGUGGCUCAACUUCGACGGCGAGCCUCAGCCCUACCCGACGCUGCCGCCGGGCACGGGCCGCCGCAUCCACAGCUACAGAGGUCACCUUUGGCUCUUCAGAGAUGCAGGGACAUACGAUGGGCUUCUGGUUAACCAAACUGAAUUAUUUGUGCCAUCCCUCAAUAUUGAUGGACAGCCUAUUUUUGCCAACAUUACACUGCCAGUGUAUACCCUGAAAGAGCGAUGCCUCCAGGUUGUCCGAAGCCUAGUUAAGCCUGAGAAUUACAGGAGACUGGACAUUGUCAGAUCACUCUAUGAAGAUCUGGAAGACCACCCAAAUGUGCAGAAGGACCUGGAGCGGCUGACACAGGAGCACAUAGAAAGUCAACAGGUGGAAGAAGAAACUCAAGAUUUUCAUUGAAAUUUGCACUCCUGCAUCUCUGUUUUUGAUUGUACUGACUAAUCUUGAUCUAGAUAUAGGACUGGUCGUGCUCGCUUCAGCAGCACAUAUACUAAAAUUGGAACGAUAUAGGACUGGUCACUUAUUCUUGGUUUCAAGAUAUCUCAUUCUUGCAGUAAAAUAUGCUCCAUUGCUUAGAAGAAAGUUAACCAACUUCACUAGGCAUUGUGAUGUUUAGGGGCAAACAACAUAAAAUGUAAUUUAAUGGCUGCCCUUUCUAGAAGUAUUUACCAGGAGAAAGUAGCUGCAUUUUAGCCUCCUAGUUAGCCAGGAAAGUUUCUAUGUAAGGAUGAUUAUGUAAGUAAUACAAUGAGAAUUGCAACAUAUCCUUUAAGUGUAAGAAAGCAGUGACAUCUGCUUUUAAUUGAUGUUUUGUGGCUGGUGAUGUGCCUGCCUCCAGCUUUGGGAAGACCGAGACGUCCUUGAGGCAGGAACAAGUCUUUCUCCUAUGAGACCCCAGUGCCUGGUACAUUAUGAGCCUUCAGUAGGAUAAACAAACCACUGGAUGCUUUGAUAAGAAGGGUUUGGAGGUUUUCCCUCUUUUUUUGUUGAGGGGGGACUUAUAUUGUGUACAGUAUGUACAGUAAGCAAAUGUCUUAAAGGGAAUCAUUUUUAUAGGAAGUACUUUUUAUGAUUUUCUAAAUCUUGGUGCUUUUCUCGGUCCACUAUUGUAGUACUGUUUUAUUUUUUGUUUCUAAGCCAGGAUUGACUUUCUACAGUUAUUGUGAUAAUGACUUUUUUGUAACUUGACAUCUGCACAGAAAAUAGGAGAAAAGACCUGUCCUCAUGUUUAAUUCUAGUAUUAAGAAGCUACUGUACUGUAAAUAAGUUUUUGCCAUGUGUGGGUAUUUCUGUUCCUUUUUGUAAGUCCAUGACAUUUCCAUGUGGUUCAUUGUUUUUCAUCACGCAGGAUCUGGUGACACUUUGCACCCAGCUGGAGGAGAGACUGAAGCUCUACAACUUCUGGCAAGUUAUUCUUAACAUAGUGGGUUCAUGGAGUAGUCUGGAAUGUUUUUAUAGUUUUAUGAAUGUACUUAAAUUUAUUAACUCAAAUUCAGUACUUCUAUCAGACUUACUUUUUUGUAACUAAUAGUUUUUUUCUUUAAAAUUUCCCCCCAGUUGGGCCGAGCCCGUGGCACACUCAGGAGAGUGCGGCGCUGGGA